AUGCAAAAUCUUCCAGUCCUUUUGCUUCUCUGCGUGGCAGCUUGCUCAGCUUACCCUCUGCUGGAAACAGCAAAGGAUGAGAACUCUAUCACGGAUUUUGUUCAGCAAUACUUAGAACACUACUACGAUCUAGCAAAAGAUGGCAAGCAGUUUGUGAGAAGAAAGAACAGCAACCCUGUUGUUGAAAAAAUUAAAGAGAUGCAGAACUUCUUUGGGUUGGAGGUGACAGGGAAGCUGGACUCCAACACCUUGGAGGUGAUGCACAAGCCCAGAUGUGGAGUUCCUGAUGUUGGCCACUUCUCUACCUUUCCUGGCUCACCUAAGUGGAGGAAAACUCAUCUUACUUACAGGAUUGUAGAGUAUACACAGGAUCUGUCAAGAGAUGCUGUUGAUUCUGCCAUUGAGAAAGCUUUGAAGGUCUGGGCGGAGGUGACUCCUCUCACAUUCUCCAGGAUUCAUGAAGGAGAGGCUGACAUAAUGAUCUCUUUUGCAGUUAAAGGUCAUGGAGAUUUUUUCCCUUUUGAUGGACCUGGAAAUACUUUGGCUCAUGCCUUUUCACCUGGGCCUGGGAUUGAUGGAGAUGCUCACUUUGAUGAUGAUGAACAAUGGACAGAGGAUAAAACAGGAACCAACUUAUUCCUUGUUGCUGCUCAUGAACUUGGCCAUUCCUUGGGUCUCUUUCAUUCGAACAACAUCGAAGCUCUGAUGUACCCACUGUACAACCCACUCACAGAUCUGGCCCGAUUCCACCUUUCCCAAGAUGAUGUGAAUGGCAUUCAGUCCCUCUAUGGACCGCCUCCUGUCUCCCAUGAUGAAACUGUGGUACCUACACCCAACCCUCCAGAACAUGAGACACAAGAUAUGUGUGACCCUGCCUUGUCCUUUGAUUCUGUUAGCACUCUGAGGGGAGAAUUCCUAUUCUUUAAAGACAAAUAUUUUUGGCGCAAAUCCCUCAGGUCACUCACACCUGAAUUUAAUUUGAUCUCUUCAUUUUGGCCAACACUUCCUUCAGGUGUGGAUGCUGCAUUUGAAGUUGCUAGCAAAGAUACUGUUUUCAUUUUUAAAGAUAAUCAGUUCUGGGCCAUCAGAGGAACUGAGAUACAAGUAGGUUAUCCAAGAACUAUCCAAACCCUGGGUUUUCCUUCAACCAUAAGGAAAAUUGAUGCAGCCAUUUCCGAUAAGGAAAAGAAGAAAACAUACUUCUUUGUAGGGGACAAAUACUGGAGAUUUGACGAGACAAGACAGACCCUGGAGCCAGGCUUUCCCAGGCAAACAGCAGAUGACUUUCCAGGCGUUGACACAAAAAUUGAUGCUGUUUUUGAAGCAUUUGGUUUUUUCUAUUUCUUCAGUGGCUCUUCACAGUUUGAGUUUGACCCCAAUGCAAAGAAGGUGACACAUAUUUUGAAGAGUAACAGCUGGUUUAAUUGUUAG